AUGGCGAACUCGGAGGGCUUCGAGAUGUCCCGGCUGGGAGUCAAAUCUGCCCAGUUCAGCGAACAACGCAUGCAUAGUCGUUCUGGCUCUGAUGGGGGUUAUAAUGGUGGGGUCACGACAUCCAUGUCAAGUGGGAAGCGUUUGGAUAGAGGUUUCGGGUCACUUUCAAUUCUGUGUCUAUCAAUCACUCUGCUCUCAUCAUGGGAAUCAGUCGCAAAUGGAUUUGAAGCAGGCCUCGUCAACGGCGGUCCCGCCGGACUGGUCUGGGGAAUGGUAUUGUCAUUAAUCGGGACAACAUUCAUCAUGCUGUCACUAGCAGAGAUGAGUUCCAUGACGCCGCUCGCUGGAGCUCAGUAUCACUGGACAGCUGUGCUCGCCCCGCCACGGGUUCAAGCAUUCAGUACCUGGAUCCAAGGAUGGAUCACUGUCUUCGGAUGGCAGGCCUCAACAACGAGUAUUUGCUACUUGGUCGCAGCGCAGAUUCAAGGCAUGGUCCUGUUGAAUGAUUCGGACUAUAUCCCGAAGCAAUGGCAUGGCACAUUGAUUAUGUGGGCUAUUAUCCUCGGGUCCGGUCUAGUCAAUAUCUACGGAAUCAAGAUCAUGCCUGCGUUGCAGAUGAUGGGUGGGAUCUUGCAUAUCACUCUCUUUAUCGCGCUCGUUGUUCCUAUCAUCCUGCUCAGCCGUCGCAGUACCUCGGAGUUUGUGUUUACCGAAUUGCUCACGGCAGAUGGGGGCUGGGAGUCUCCCGGCAUUGCUUGGUGUCUGGGCAUGUUGACGGUUACUUAUUGUUUCCUUGGCUUCGAUGGUGCCAUCCACAUGAGCGAGGAAGUACGGAAUCCAGCAGUCGUCAUUCCUCGUGUCCUGGUUCAGACCAUCGCUAUCAACGGAGUGUUGGCAUUUGUCUUCCUUCUAGUCAUUCUCUUUUGCAUCGGCAGCGUUAAAGAGGCAUUGAGCCCUGCUUAUAUGUUCCCCAUUAUUGGAAUUUUCAAGCAGAGUACCAACUCUGUCGGGGCAGCUACAGCUAUGCAGACUGCCAUUACUGGAAUUGGAAUGGUCUCCAACGUCGGUGUGGUAGCGUCCGUUUCACGACUGACUUGGGCGUUUGCUCGUGACGGUGGCCUUCCUUUCUCGUCAUACUUUUCUCACGUCGAUCGUCAACAUCGCGUCCCCAAACGCGCUAUUCUACUCGUCUGCGCCGCCGUGGUCGUCCUCUCAGUUAUUAAUGUCGCCUCCGAAACAGCGCUCAGCGCUAUCCUCGCUCUUUCCACCAGCAGUCUUUACGUUUCCUAUCUCAUUCCCAUUGUCAUGAUGAUCAUCCGACGACUCGACUCCAACCGCGGAUCUAUCCCAUUCGGGCCCUGGAACCUCGGUCGUUUCGGCAUGGCAAUCAACGUCUUCUCUCUUGUUUUUGGUGUCUUCGUUUGCAUCUUCGUUCCUUUCCCGACACAGCUUCCUGUCACAGCUGCCAACAUGAAUUGGUCCGGGCCUGUCUUUAUUGGAGUUUGUCUAUUGCUUGUCAUAGAUUGGACUUUCCGGGCUAGACAUAAGUUUAUUGGGCCGACAAAGGAUCUCUUGCAUUCCAAGAGUAAGGCCUGUGCUUCUUGA